GUCACAGCGGGUGACGUGUCUGUCAGGAAGGAAGCAGGAAGAGCUUGCGAGCUGUCGGUUGGAACUUUCAGCUGUGUAGCGUUCGCACAGUCGUUGUUCCCUCCGGUCCUGUGACGUUACCUACCCGGUGUUGUACGCGUGGGCCUUGUCAUGGCGUCUCUUUCAAGGACUGGGCCUGUAUUAAUUUUGCUAGUGGCUAUAGCUUCCUUUCCAGGCCCCGGAGCAGGAUUUUACUUACCGGGUCUCGCCCCCGUCAGCUUCUGUGAGAGUGGCAAAGAAACCCUUGAGUGUAAGUCUGAAAUAGAGCUGUUUGUCAACAGACUGGAUUCUGUGGAGUCUGUGCUUCCGUAUGAAUAUACCGCCUUUGAUUUUUGCCAAAAGCCUGGAGAAAAGAGACCCUCUGAAAAUCUCGGCCAAGUAUUAUUUGGAGAACGAAUCGAACCAUCCCCUUAUAAGUUCACGUUUAAAAAGGAUGAAAAAUGCACCCAUGUUUGUACGAAAACCUAUAGUACUUCAGAUGCAAAUAAGCAUAAACUGGAUUUCUUGAAGAAAAGCAUGCUCCUGAACUACCAGCACCAUUGGAUUGUAGAUAACAUGCCCGUCACUUGGUGUUAUGAUGUGGAAGACGGUCAGCGAUUUUGCAAUCCCGGCUUUCCUAUUGGCUGCUACGUUACAGAUGAAGGUCAUCCUAAGGAUGCCUGUGUGAUUAACUCUGAAUUUCAUGAAAGAGAUACAUUUUUUAUCUUCAACCAUGUGGAUAUUAAAAUCUAUUACCAUGUAGUAGAAUCUGGAGGAGAAGGGUCAAGACUGGUAGCUGCAAAACUGGAACCCAGGAGCUUCCGGCAUACGCACACAGACAGUCCGGAUUGCUCUGGGCCUCCCAUGGAAAUUAAGAAUAAAUUUGUUGGUGACAUCAGUGUUCCAUUUACAUAUUCUGUAUCUUUCCAGGAAGAAAAAAAUAUCAGAUGGGCAUCAAGAUGGGAUUAUAUUUUGGAAUCCAUGCCUCAUACCCACAUUCAGUGGUUUAGUAUUAUGAAUUCCUUGGUGAUUGUCCUCUUCUUAUCUGGCAUGGUAGCCAUGAUUAUGCUGAGAACGUUGCAUAAAGAUAUUGCAAGAUAUAAUCAGAUGGAUUCUACAGAAGACGCACAGGAAGAGUUUGGCUGGAAGCUGGUCCAUGGCGAUAUUUUCAGGCCUCCCAGGAAGGGCAUGCUGCUAUCCGUUUUCCUUGGCUCUGGCACUCAGAUUUUGAUUAUGACAUUUGUCACCUUAUUUUUUGCAUGCCUUGGAUUUUUGUCCCCUGCCAACAGAGGAGCGCUAAUGACAUGCGCUGUCGUCCUCUGGGUCUUGCUUGGUACACCAGCAGGCUAUGUUGCAUCCAGGUUCUACAAAUCAUUCGGUGGGGAGAAGUGGAAAACAAAUGUUUUGCUGACCUCCUUUCUCUGUCCUGGGAUUGUGUUUGCGGAUUUCUUUAUGAUGAACUUAAUUCUUUGGGGAGAAGGAUCUUCGGCUGCUAUUCCGUUUGGUACCCUGGUGGCUAUACUGGCGUUGUGGUUUUGUAUAUCUGUCCCACUAACCUUCAUUGGGGCUUACUUUGGCUUUAAAAAGAAUGCUAUUGAACACCCAGUCCGCACCAAUCAGAUCCCUCGUCAGAUUCCUGAGCAAUCAUUCUACACAAAGCCAUUACCUGGUAUCAUCAUGGGAGGAAUUUUGCCCUUUGGAUGUAUCUUCAUACAACUUUUCUUCAUUCUUAAUAGUAUUUGGUCACAUCAGAUGUAUUAUAUGUUUGGUUUUCUAUUUCUUGUAUUUAUCAUUUUGGUCAUUACUUGCUCGGAGGCGACUAUAUUACUUUGUUACUUCCACCUAUGCGCUGAGGACUAUCACUGGCAGUGGCGCUCUUUCCUGACAAGCGGCUUCACCGCAGUCUACUUCCUAGUAUACGCUGUACACUACUUCUUCUCCAAGCUGCAGAUCACGGGGACGGCAAGCACCAUUUUGUAUUUUGGAUACACUAUGAUUAUGGUUCUCAUCUUCUUCCUUUUCACAGGCACAAUUGGAUUCUUUGCCUGCUUUUGGUUUGUGACAAAGAUUUAUAGCGUCGUUAAAGUUGACUGAAAAAGUGUGACAAAAUGAAAGGAGGGGAAACCCAAUUGAUUUUGGAUUGUUAUUUAAUUUACAGUAUUGUCAUCUAUUUGUGCAAAGACAGCUACACAAAGCAUACCCUAAGUAUAAAGCCGUGUUCAUUUUUAAACCUGUAUCUACUGUUUGAUUAAAACACUUUUUAUGUUGCGAUGUUCCAGUUGAAGAGCAAAUAUGAAGAUUGUACUUUUUGUAUGUAUAUAUUAUAUAUAAUAACUCUACUGUAACUGAAAUUCAUACUUGUAACGGCAGAUGAGAGGCAGCCAUUAUUAGGCAAAUAUUAAGGAUAUUAAUAAAAUAUGCUGUAAAUGCAGUCUUGCUUUUAGAUUUAACGUGCGAAGAAUUAUUGUUUGAAGGAGGAAGCAAGUUCUGUCAUUAAAAAUAUUGAAACGUGUUUCCUAAAA